AUGGGGUACAUCGACGGCGACACAUUCUUAACUACCGAGUCGUUUGAUGUUUGCUUGCGCGCCACGGCCGCCUGGAUUCGUGCCGUUGACCUGGUCGCCGCUUCCUCAGGCAGUGCGAGUAUGGCUUUGACGAGACCACCGGGUCAUCACGCGACAAAGAGUGUCUCGAAUGGCUUUUGUAUUUUUAAUUUUGGCGCUGCCGCCGCGUUGCACGUCCUCCAGGACCCCAACAAACGUGUGAGCGUCAUUGACUGGGAUGUACACUAUGGCCAGGGCGUUGCCGAUAUUCUCGAAAAUUGUCCUCGAGCUCGAUACGUUUCAAUUCACCAAAGUCCUGCCUUUCCAUAUAUGGGAGAAAAGCUAACGGUAGAAGGUAAGCACGAAAACGUGUAUACAAUUCCCAUGCCACCAGAAACCAGUUGGACUUGUGGUUACGAGCAAUUGUUCGAAAAAGCCAUUCAUUUUGCUUGUGAACCAGGCAAAUGGGAACCGGACGUUGUCAUUGUAUGCGCGGGCUAUGAUGCUCUCGAUAGCGAUGAUCUUGCUAGUGCUUGCCUGACAGCAGCAGACUUUGGUAAGAUGACGAGCCGAUUGUAUGAGCAUCUGGCCAACACUCGACCAGAUCGAAUGCCUUCCAUCGUCAUUGGCCUUGAAGGUGGCUAUCAAUUA